CAGUACGUACUUCUGGCAUACUCUUGGUACGUAUUCCCCAAAACUUGUGCCAGAUUAGGUCAUUGCCGCCCCGAGCCACUUCUAUCCUGGCCAAUCAAGUAACUGCCACACAAGGCGAGGUCAAAACUUCCCCUGAAAGCUGUGUUUGCAACUGUGUUUAUCUGUGAUGUUUAAGCUCGGACCACCAUGGCACCUAAGCCCCUUGUUAUGGAAUGGGGCAUUAUGUAAGCCGCCAUGCUGCACGACAGACGUUGCAGCUAGCUACAUCAUCGUCGAUCAUCCCGUAGUAGCUCGGGCAAGGCUUUCUCUAUCAGAUUUCGAGCAGGUACAGUACAAUACCAAUAAUAUACCGCUUCCUUUAUUUCCAGUCACUCGUUUUCUAGCGACUUUAGAUUUUUUCAUAUCCAAUUCAACCUACAUUUAGCUUAUGGCUAUUAUUUCCUGUCACGCUUUUUUAUCACCAGAAAGCAGGCAUACGUAGCUGAUUGCCACUCGAGUAACAAGAACAGCGGGAAGCGCACCGAAGUUAUUUUGAAUAUACGGGCGGG